AUGUCUAUUCUGGCCCUACCCCUCGAGAUCCACUGCCAAAUCAUAUCAUACCUCCUUUCCAAUCGCGAUGUGGCUGCCCUGUCAAUUCAAUGCCGCGCGCUUCACUCCAUGUGUGACAUGGCAGCUCGCAAAAAGUACCACCAAAUCAUCAUUGCCGAGGGCGAAUCCGGUGUCGACACUGCGUUUGAAUUUCUCUUGGACAUUUUGAAGCGACCUGAGCUGGCCCUUUAUGUGCGCCAUCUUGAGAAUAACACUGUCGUUACACGUAACAUGGAUUAUAAAGAAGCUGAGCCCAUGCGGGAACUAAGCGCAGAAGAAAUGACACUCGUUCGGAAAGCAGUCAGAAUGGGAGGCUUUCUAGGAGCCAAAGAGGAUCGAGUGGUUAAUAUGCUGAUGCAAAGGAUGGACAACGCGCUCAAUCAAUUCAGUGGUUACAGAGAACGAGAUGUCUUUGCGACUUUUGUCACACAAGCCCUGGCGGCCAUCAUCAUAGCAGUAUCGCCAAACAUUGUGUCAAUAGCCACCACGAACCCCUAUUGCAGGUUUUCCGAGAUUGACCUUCCGCUUGAUCAAAUUCUCCGCCAGGCAAACAGCAGCACUGAGUCCACACCCUAUCUUCGCAAUCUCCGCAGUGUUUAUAUGAUCAGCAAAACGGACAGCACGUGGGAGGAUGGGCGCUUCUAUGUCGCAAUGGAUUUUUAUGAUUUCACGAGGUUAUUCGAUCAUCUGCCAUCCAUCGAGGCAGUCAGCACCGAUGCGAUGGAAGAGAGUGAUAUCGAGCAUCUCAACUUCAACAAGAAAUCUUGCAACAUCAGUUCGAUAUCUAUACAACACUCGUCCGUCUCAUCGAUUUACUUGGAGCGCUUGAUAUGGUCGCGCAAGGCUCUCAAAGAAAUUCGCUAUUCCAUCGGAGGGAGAGCCAGCAAUGACGGAGGGCAUUUCAUUUUUAAUCCCAAAUCAUUCAUCAAAGCCAUUUGUGAUCACAAGGAAACACUGGAAGUCAUUGACAUUGACGUCGAAGAUGACAUAGCCGCAUUUGGUUAUGAUGAUGUCGAAGACGUGGAGCGUUCGCUCAACGAAUAUGGAAGUCCAUAUGAAGUCAGAUCCGAUGAACAUGAUUCUGAAUUUCUCAAAGCAAUUUGGGAAAACAGUGGAUCUUUGAGGGAAUUUGUUUCCUUGAGGCGAUUGAGCUUGGGGGUGAAUUUUCUGUUGUACUUGGCUAAAGGUGUUAGCGGGUCAUCCGAUGAGAUUAAAGACAGGGCAAUUUUGGCAGACUGCUUGCCCGAUUCUCUGGAGUAUCUGUGCAUCCGUGGAUACGAGAAGGGCCAAAGCCAAGACCAUGAUGAGCAGAUGGAUGGUUUGAUGGAUUUCUGGAAGUCAGGUCAGUCUCAAUUGAAGGAGAUUCAGGGGAUUGAGGAGACUAUCCCCAAUGCUUCACAUGUUGGUGACCCAGAUGGAGAUGACCAUCUUCUGUGGCCCUUUGAUAAAGGGAGCGAUAGCGAAGAUGAAGAAGGCAGUGACCAAGAAGAAUCAGAAGAGGAAAAAGAGUCUCAUUAA